AUGUUGGAGGCGUUGGGCUCCCUGGCGGCUGCCCUCUGGACCGCGCUCCGUCCUGGCACUGUCCUGCUGGGGGCCGUCGUCUUUCUCCUCUUGAGUGAUCUCCUCAAAAGGCAGCGUCCAAAGAACUACCCGCCGGGGCCCCCGCGCCUGCCCUUCGUAGGCAACUUCUUCCAACUGGACUUUGAGCAGGGGCACCUGUCGCUCCAGCGGUUUGUGAAGAAAUAUGGGAACCUUUUUAGCCUGGAACUCGGUGACUUGCCUUCAGUUGUUAUAACUGGAUUGCCCUUAAUCAAAGAAGUCCUUGUCCACCAGGACCAAAACUUUGUGAACCGCCCCGUAACCCCUAUUCGAGAACGUGUUUUUAAGGAAAAUGGCUUGAUCAUGUCCAAUGGCCACAUAUGGAAAGAGCAAAGAAGGUUCUCCCUGACAGCUCUGAGGAACUUUGGUUUAGGAAGGAAAAGCUUAGAGGAACACAUACAGGAAGAAGUUGCCUUCCUCAUCCAAGCAAUAGGAGAGAAGAACGGGCAGCCUUUCAACCCUCACUUCAAAAUCAACAAUGCCGUUUCCAAUAUUAUUUGCUCCAUCGCCUUUGGGGAGCGGUUUGACUACCAGGAUGAUCAGUUCCAGGAGCUGCUGAGGCUGCUGGAUGAGGUCACCUACCUAGAGACAACGUUGUGGUGCCAGCUCUACAAUGUCUUUCCAAGGAUAAUGAAUUUCCUUCCGGGUCCACACCAAAGGCUCUUCAGUAACUGGGAGAAACUGAAGAUGUUUGUUGCCUGUAUGAUUGAAAACCACAAGAGAGACUGGAAUCCUGCUGAAGCAAGAGACUUCAUUGAUGCUUACCUCCAGGAGACAGAAAAGCAUAAGGGCAAUGCUGCUUCAAGUUUCCAUGAAGAAAACCUUAUCUACAGCACCCUGGACCUCUUCUUUGCUGGAACAGAGACAACGUCAACCACCUUGCGCUGGGGUCUGCUCUACAUGGCCCUGUACCCUGAAAUCCAAGAGAAAGUCCAGGCUGAAAUCGAUAAGGUGCUUGGCAAGUCACGACCACCAAGCACAGCCACUCGUGAGUCCAUGCCCUACACCAACGCUGUCAUCCACGAGGUGCAGCGGAUGGGGAACAUCCUCCCUCUGAACGUGCCCCGGGAGGUAACAGUGGACACCAUCCUGGCUGGAUACCACCUGCCCAAGGGCACCAUGGUCCUGACCAACCUGACUGCACUGCACAGGGACCCUGAAGAGUGGGCCACCCCCGACACGUUCAAUCCAGAGCAUUUUCUAGAGAAUGGACAGUUUAAGAAAAGGGAAGCCUUUCUGCCUUUUUCAAUAGGAAAGAGGAUGUGCCUUGGAGAACAAUUGGCCAGAACUGAGUUGUUUAUUUUUUUUACCUCACUUCUGCAAAAAUUUACCUUCAGGCCUCCAGACAAUGAAGAGUUAAGCCUGACGUUCAGAAUGGGCUUGACCCUCUCCCCAGUCAGCCAUCGCCUCUGUGCUGUUCCUCGGGCCUGA